AUGAAGCUCGACCCAAAAGCCAUCCGUUACCUCACUACGGAAGAUUUUCGAGUCCUCGCUGCGGUAGAAGCAGGAAGCAGAAACCAUGAAGUUGUACCAACGUCGUUGAUCGCGCAGCUGUCAGGUCUUCGUGGUGGAAGUGGCGUGAAUAAGGCGAUUUCGAACUUGGCCAAGGUCAAUUUGAUUGGGAAAGUGAAGAAUGCAAAAUAUGAUGGCUACCGACUCACAUACGGAGGUCUGGACUACCUCGCGCUCAACGCUCACCAGAAGGCAAAGCACGUCUACUCUGUUGGGAACCAGGUUGGGGUGGGCAAGGAAUCGGAUAUCAUCGUGGUGGCCCAUUCGAGCGGCGAGCAACGGAUUCUCAAGAUCCACCGGCUGGGUCGCAUAUCGUUCCGCACGGUCAAAACGAACCGGGACUACCUGCGCAAUCGCAAUACGGGUUCCUGGAUGUACAUGUCGCGGCUGGCGGCGAUGAAGGAGUUUGCCUUUAUGAAGGCGCUACGACAGAAUGGGUUCUCGGUGCCCGAGCCCAUCUCACAGAACCGACAUACCAUCGUGAUGAGUCUGAUCAAUGCGUUUCCGAUGCGGCAGGUGUCCGAGGUCCCGAACCCUGCCUCGCUUUACUCGGAGUUGAUGGAUAUGAUCCUGGAACUGGCACGAUAUGGGUUAAUCCACGGCGACUUCAACGAGUUCAACAUCCUGAUCAAGGAAGAGGAAGACACCGAGGCUAAGGGCAAGGCACCUGAGACUUCGGAGGGAAGCCGGAACAUCCGCCUAGUCCCGGUUCUCAUUGACUUCCCGCAGAUGGUCUCCAUCGAUCAUCAGAAUGCAGAAAUGUACUUUGACCGGGACGUGAACUGCAUCAAGCGCUUCUUCCAGAGACGGUUCCAUUUCACCAGCGAUGAACCGGGCCCGUUCUUCUCCGACGCCAAGAAACAGCUCCUCAAGAAUCCUGGGAAAAGACUGGAUGUCGAGGUUGAAGCCUCGGGCUUCUCGAAGAAGAUGGCCAAGGAGCUUGAAGCAUAUAUGAGGGAGGUUGGAGUAGACGGCGACGCGGGUUCUAAAGAAGAUCGGGAAGACGACGAGGAAGACGAAGAUGACAAAGAUGACGACGAGGAGGAAGAGGAAGAGGAUGUAGAAGAAGAAAAUGCCGACGCUGAAGAGCAAGUGGAUUCCAGUGAAGUGGACAACAGCUCGAAAAGGCUUGGAAACCUCAGUGUAUCAGACUGA